UGGCCCUCCUAAAAACUUUUUCAGGCUAAGAAGCUUUACUGUAAUAGAGAGUCUGAGGAAGAAAACUUGCUGCCCCUUCUUUCCAUUCAACCUACCUACCUAUCUUCCUUCUCUUCCCCUAAGAGAAACCCAUCAAUUCUAAAUCCUUUUUCUCUUCUGGUGAUCUUCAAGUCAAAAGCUCUUUGUUUGACAUGGAGGUGCUGAGUUUCUAUGUUGGAGUUAUAGGCAACAUCAUCUCAGUAUUAAUGUUUCUUUCCCCCGUCGAGACAUUUUGGCAAAUAAUAAAGCGCCAGUCGACGGAGGAAUUUGAGAGCCUUCCUUACAUUUGCACAUUGUUAAACUCAUCCUUGUGGACAUACUAUGGAAUUAUAAAGCCCGGGGAAUUACUGGUAGCCACCGUCAAUGGUUUUGGCAUCCUUGUCGAGACUAUCUACGUCAUCUUAUUUCUUAUAUACGCACCAAAAAGGUCGAGGGCUAAGAUUGCCAUUCUUGUGGGGAUCUUGGAUGUGGGCUUCCUAGCAGCAGCAGUUCUAGUUACUCGGUUGGCAUUGCAGGAAGAAGCAGGAAUUGAUGUAAUAGGGUUCUUGGGUGCAGUGUUAAAUUUUAUAAUGUAUAGCUCACCUCUAGCCGCCAUGAGAACAGUGGUGAGGAGCAAGAGCGUGGAGUACAUGCCAUUCUUUCUCUCAUUUUUCCUUUUCUUGAACGGUGGGACAUGGGCUUUCUAUGCUUUGCUUGUACGUGACUAUCUCCUUUUGGCACCAAAUGGAUGUGGGUUUCUACUUGGAGCAGCGCAGCUAGUGCUCUAUUUGAUAUACAGAAAGGCCAACCCACGUAAAAACAUCUCUGCAGAUACACUGGAACAAGGAUCCCAACAUGAGCACCUCAUCUCUUCCUCAAGUUUAUCACGUGAAAACAAUGAAGAGUAGGCAUUUAUAGUGACUCAUCAAAUGGUGGUUAGAGUUUUUA